UGUACCUACCAAAGUCAAUCCCUUCUGUUAUUGCUAUAAAUACGCGGUUCUAUCUCUCACUAUUUCCAACGGUUGAGUUUGUCUAUUAUAAUAAAGAAAGAAAGAAGCAGAUAAGAGAAUGGAGCAUGUGGUAUCAAUGUCUGAAGGAGAUUGGAGUUCGUUUAGUGGAAUGUGUUUUACUGAGGAGGCGGAUUUCAUGGCACAGUUACUUGGUAACUGUUCGUUUCCAAAUGAGUUACCAAGUAAUUCUGGUUAUUGGAAUAUUGGUCAUGAAUCAAAUAUUGGAUCUUCAGGAGGAAGAGAACAUAGUAGUUUCUUCUUUCCUCCCCUGAGUCAUGAGAGUCACUACUCAAGUAAUUCUCGGCCUAUCUUGAUGAGAAAUGAUAGUUCAAUAACAACAGAACGUGGUCUGAUGGAUACUAAUAAUCCAAUUGAAGCAGAUGAGUACUUCGCUAAUAACAUGGAGUUUGAUGCGAACAUGGCUGAACCUCUUCUUGAUGGAAAAGGCUUGCAGCUAGGAAGAAUAGACUAUGAAGAUCAUAGCCCAACAGAGAGUUCUAAGAAAAGAGUGCGGUUACAUUGUCAUGUACCAAAGAACAAGAGAAGUACAAAACUUCAAACAGAAGGUAAGACUGUCGAGAUGGAUAUGAAAAGCAAGGCUGUGCUUCAGAGGCAAAACUCUAUGGUCAGUUGCUGUUCAGAAGAUGAAUCUAAUGUUUCUCUCGAGUUGAGACGGAAAUCCAGAGCAAGCAGGGGUUCAGCAACUGACCCCCAGAGCAUGUAUGCCAGGAAAAGAAGAGAGCGAAUUAAUGAGAGAUUGAAGACCUUACAGAGUCUCAUACCUAAUGGAACCAAGGUUGAUAUUAGUACCAUGCUUGAAGAGGCAGUUCAGUAUGUUAAGUUUUUGCAACUCCAAAUCAAGCUGUUGAGCUCUGAUGAUCUAUGGAUGUAUGCUCCCAUUGCCUACAAUGGAAUGGACCUUGGGCUUGAUCUGAGGAUUGGCAAUCCAAAAUGAUAAUGGUUGCUCAAAGCCUACACAUGGAUGCAUUCGAUUUCUCUAUUACUUUCGCUGUCUUAAUUUAUGUGACAUUAUUUUUUAAUCCGUUUCUGAGAAAAUAUAUCACAUUUCUAUAAUUAGAAA